ACCCACUGAGUGCAACGCCUCCUCACAUGAAUAGGGAAGUUAACUGAAUUUGUGCGAGGUGCAGACAGGCUUGCUCUCCUGUGGAUAAGAUGGGAUUGCCUCCUGCUGGCUUGGGGGCUUUAUGGUCCCUUCUCUUCUUGAUGAAGAUACUGUUGUGUUCGUCUCUCUGCCCCUGCUUAGAUCCAGCUCUCUGUGAGCCAGUUGCUGAAACCAGAGACUUUGAGGUAUUUGUUUUCCACGUGAGAGAGAAAAACUGGCUGCUCUAUGACUGGACUCAGAUUACCACAGUUGCAACAUUUGCUGAAUAUGAGCCUGACCUCAUGUGUUUUGCCCAUUCCAAAGGAGUAAGAUAUGUAUUAUCAGGAGAUGUUUCACUCAAAGACAUUGUGGAUCCAAAAAUCAGAACAGCUUGGAUAACAGAGAAGCUUGAGCUGGCACAGAGUCAGUUUAUGGACGGAUUUAAUCUGGAUAUAGAGCAGCCAGUGCUGAAAGGUUCGCCUGAGUAUUAUGCAUUAACUGCUCUAGUUCAAGAAACUACUGAGGCUUUCCACAGAGAAAUCCCUGGCUCCCAGGUAACCUUUGAUGUUCCAUGGGCUCCUAACUGUGUAGCUGCUCGAUGUUACAACUACACGGGUAUAGCGGAUCUGUGUGACUUCCUAUUUGUUAUGUCAUAUGACAUGCCUCCUCAGCUUUUCACAGAAUGGGUAGCAGGAGCUAACUCUCCUUAUAAUGAAACCCUAACUGGUUAUGACCAGUUUAUUAACUUGGGUAUAAAUCCAAAGAAGCUUGUGAUGGGAAUUCCCUGGUAUGGCUAUGACUAUGAGUGCUUGAAGCUGACCAAGGACAACAAAUGUAUUCUUUUUAAAGAGUCACUUCUAGAUUCUGCAGCUCAGCAAGUCCCGUACAGCACAAUUAUGAAGCAGCUCAAUAGCUCACUCAGUGGAAGGCUCUGGGAUGAUUUUCAGAAAUCUCCUUUCUUCAAUUACUUGGACACACAAGGUAAUAUACAUCAGGUUUGGUACGAUGAUCCUGAGAGUAUAUCUCUGAAGGCAGCGUAUGUGCCAAAGCGUAGCCUAAGAGGCAUAGGCAUGUGGAAUGCGGAUACGCUAGAUUACUCCAGUGAUCCUGUGUCUAAGAAGCAAACUAAAAUGAUGUGGCAAGCAUUAACACCAUAACAGAUCAAACUGCUGUUUAUUAUUAUAAGACUGACACUGAUGCAAUGAUUCUGCAUUGUUACCUAAAUUCCUGCUUAGUGAAAAAUGAAAAUGAUGAACACAGAGUAAUGCAGAACAAAUGUAACGUUUGUUACAGUAUGUCUGUUACAUGCCAAAAUUGUGUUGUAGGUAUCAAAAAA